AAGCUCUAAAUUAUAAGGGAGAAGAUCGUUAAAUACGAUACAUGUAUAAACUCAACACAGAACACCUCCCCAACUCUCCCUCUCUCUCUCCUCACUUUCUCUUUCGCCCCCUUUCAUAACUCUAUCUCAGGGCUCCCCAUCAACACUUUCUAUGGAUCAACAAGCUUCAAACCCUAGGUUAGAGUUAGGGUUAGGGUUUCAGGGCGCAUGUGCAUGAUAGUGACGCGUGAAACCAUUGAUUAAAGCACUCAAGAUGUAAAACCCUAAUUGGAAUUUGGAAGGGAUCCUGGUUCAGUGGGGUUUCAUGGAUCGAUUGCAGAUCCGAGAGCUUUUGCGUGGUGUUUACAGAUGGAAUUGCAGAGAGUUUGUUUGAUAAGGGCUUCUUUGUUUAUGAAUUAGGGUUAGGGUUUCUUUUAGGGGUAGGAUAUGAAGGAUCCUUUGGAUCGAACUAAGGUAGUGGUGAGGCGCCUGCCUCCUGCUCUCACUCAACAGGCUUUAAUGGAGAAGAUUGACUCUCGCUUCUCUGGUCGCUAUGAGUGGGCUGCUUUUAGGCCAGGAAAAAACAGCUUGAAGAAUCAGCGGCACUCUCGGAUCUAUAUUGAUUUUAAAAGGCCAGAAGAUGUUCUUGAGUUUGCAGAGUUCUUUGUUGGGCAUGUAUUUGUUAAUGAGAAAGGUUCCCAGUUUAAGGCUGUUGUGGAGUAUGCACCAUCACAGCGUGUUCCAAAGCCAUGGUCUAAAAAAGAUGGCCGUGAGGGGACUAUUUUCAAAGAUCCUGAAUAUCUUGAGUUCUUGGAGUUUCUUGCGAAACCUGCUGAGAAUCUUCCUAGUGCUGAAAUACAGUUGGAAAGAAGGGAAGCUGAGCGUGCUGGUGCAUCUAAGGAGAGCCUCAUAGUUACACCUUUGAUGGAUUUCGUUCGCCAGAAACGAGCCGCAAAGAGUGGAACCCUGCAGAGAUCAUCAGCAAAUGGAAAGACUAGCAGACGAUCUACUGGAGUUUCAUCCACCAGUCCAGGUUCAAAUUCCCAGAAAAGAGGCCCAGAGAGGAGAAAAAUAUCAACUUCCAUGUAUGUUCUAAGGGAUAGUACAAAGGGCACCAGUAGCAAGGACAAAUCUACUUAUGGUUUAGUUCCUAGGAGGGAUGAACAGAAGCUCCCAGACAACUCCUCUGCUGUAUCAGCACUUGCUGGACCAGAAGCAUUAGAUGAUGAAUCUGUUGGUGUCGCUGAUGUGACCGCUGCCACUGUGGGUGGAACUCUUGAAAGUGGAAAGAAAAAAGUAUUGCUUCUGAAAGGGAAGGAUAGAGAAGCUUCACAGGCAUCAGGCAGUGUAGUACAGCAGCAAACAGUUUCAUCUCCAAUCAGGAAUUUGUCUGGUUCAGCACCCUUCAGACAAAGCCAACGCAGGGACGGCAAUUCAAGAAUGGUCAAGAGCAUACUUUCGAACAAGGAUGGACGACAGGUUCCGGCACAUGUACUAACCCAAACAGAGCAGCAGUUGCAGGGGUUGAGUUUAGAAAAAGACAAGCGCCCACCCCGCCCCAAUUCCACACGUUUAGCUUCAAAAGACCAUCUGUCUGGUUACCUGAUGCCCACUUCUAUGUCUGAUUCUGAUCCCAAAAAGGCCUUGGAUCAGAAGAUAACUGGGAAUGAUUCUUAUGGCCUUGUUCCUGCAAAUGAGAAGCAAGAGAAACGUACUAGAAAUAAGGACAGGCCCGAUCGUGCUGUGUGGACUCCACUUCGCCGGUCAGAUGGAAUCCACACCGUUGAUGAAUCGCAGAUGACAUCUGAUUCAUUGGAAAAGUUAUCUAAUGCUCAAGAGCUAAAGCUUGGGGAUGAUACUGAGGAAUGUGAUGGUUUGGGCUCUAAUGCAUCUUCAUCUAUGGGGAAAUCUCGUACUUCAGAUUUGGGUUAUCAUAAUUCUCGCUCUGGGCGUGGUGCUUCUUCAUCUUCCUCUGAGCAUUCCCUGAAUCAGGGGGAUACAAAAUUUGAUACAUCUAGUGCAAGCAGGAGCUUAGAAAUGAAAACCCAAGGAACUGGGCGCAGCAGUACUGUAUCAGUAGAAAAUGGUUCACAUAGACAUGCUGGUCGCCGAUCAUCAUCAACUGGAUUGAAGGAUGCAGAUGGUUCGAUGAACUUGCCAGAUGGAAAGCCUGUUAAGAGAGGAGGCAUUCCAAGCUAUGGAGCCCAUGAGAAGCAAAUUUGGGUUCAGAAGUCAGGAACAGGUACCUAGUGCAUCUUAAAAAGGAUGAUAAAUCCAAUGUGACAUCAUUUUGGUGUCUGGAUAUCAUUAUACCAUCAAGUUUUGGGUUUGUGACCAGUCACAACCGGUUUCUUUUGUCAACCAAGAUACUCUCAGCUGCCACAUAUACCCAUCUCUCUUUCUCUCUCAGGCAUAUCCCACUGGUGAGUACAAGAGGAGCAAAAAGUUUUAGCCGCUAUUUUCUCACUCGACUGAGCUCUGUAAAGAAUCUAUCGAUGUAGAACAUUGAGAAGGCAGCUUUUUGCAAGACUAUACAGGCGAUGGAAUAUCUUAGAUGGUUCUCUCUCUAAAGCCAAUUUUUCAGAGUCAUCAGUUUGGAAAUGGGAACAAAAUAUUCAGUUAUCCUUUCAGCUGCCCGAAGUUCAUUGACCCCCAAAGAUCAAAGGCAAAAAGAACAUGAAAAUCUUUAAGUUCGUAUCUGACCAUACAAAUAUUUGGGGAUAUUCUAGUUGGGUGGUGUAAAUGUAUAGAGAAGCAGGUUUAUUCUUAUCAAGUCGGCAUGUCUCAUGAGGCUUGGGUAUUUUGAGUAUUUUGUUCUCAUCUUAGGCAUGCCAAAGCCCUGUGUAUAUGCUGGGUGAAUCCUCUUUUGCACCCAACUGUUUAUAGUUCCAGGUUGAAAAGCCCUUAAAAAUACAGUUGAAAGGAAGAUUAUGCGAAUAAGCGUGCAGCGAGAGUUGAGAACUGGCGAGGGAUCAGUUGCUGUUUUAGAGUGAGAAGACGGGGGGCUUGGAUUGGCCGGCUAGUUAGUAGUAGAAGGGGGAGGGGACCGAAGUGUGAGAUGAGUUGUUUUGGUUUGGGUUGUUUUUGGUGUUUCUGAAAUCAAGAUGUGAUCACUUAAUGAUAUCGAAUAUGUUUUGCAGGUUCUACUGUAUAUUUUUAUCAGAGAACCUGAAUUUGCUGAUGUUAGGGUCCCUAACCUGUUGGGCUUUUUCUAUAAUACGUCUUGGGAUUGGCGCACA